AUGACCGCGCUAGUGAGGAAGGUGCAACAGGUGCUGUGCGUCCUGCUGCCGUGCGCUCUCCAACUCUGCAGCGCUCAGACACAAGGAGUGGCUGUUUGUUCCGGCACCCAGAAUGGUCUGAGCGUGACGGGAAAUUCAGAGGUCCAGUACAACCUGAUGAAGGAGAGGUACACCGGCUGUGAGAUCAUAAUGGGCAACCUUGAGAUCACCAUGAUGGAGCACACCAGAGACUUCUCCUUCCUGCAGUCUAUCAGGGAGGUGACAGGCUACAUCCUGUUCGCCGUCAAUGAGUUCAGCCGCCUGCCUUUGGAUCACCUGCGCGUCAUCAGAGGCACCACAUUAUAUGAAGAUCGAUACGCCUUGGCUGUGAUGAUCAACUAUCAGAAGGACGGCCAGCAUGGCCUGCAGGAGCUGGGACUGACGCACCUCACAGAGAUACUGGAAGGAGGAGUCAAGAUCAUCCAGAAUAAGUACCUGAGCUACGCCCCGCAGGUGAACUGGCUGGACAUAGUGAAGGAUGUAACAGCACAUAUUAUGAUAGAGACCAAUGGGCCUGAAAAGCCCUGUAACGAAGCAUGUGGAGACGUGCCAUGUUGGGGUCCUGGGAAUGACACGUGUCAGAUCUUGACAAAGAGUGUGUGCGCCCCUCAGUGUAACCGCCGAUGCUUUGGUAGAAACCCGAGUGAGUGUUGUCACAGCGAGUGUGCUGGAGGCUGCACUGGACCUCUGGACACAGACUGCUUUGCUUGCAGGAACUUCAACGACUCGGGCUCUUGCGUGCCUCAGUGUCCCCAGACCCUGAUCUACAACAAGCACACAUUCAAACUGGAGCGCAACCCCAAUGCAAAGUACCAGUAUGGCUCUAUCUGUGUGGCCCAGUGUCCCCAAAAUUUUGUGGUGGACGGCAGCUCGUGUGUGAGCAACUGUCCUUCUGAUAAUAUGGAGGUGGAGAAAAACGGAGUGAAAAUAUGCAAACCCUGUAGUGGCCUCUGUCCAAAAGUUUGCGUUGGCACAGGAACUCAAAAUCGACAGACUGUCGAUGCUUCAAACAUCAACAGUUUUAUAAACUGCACUAAGAUCCAGGGCAGUCUUCACUUCCUGGUGACUGGGAUUAAAGGUGACGAAUACAACCAGGUACCAGCCCUCGAUCCGGAGAAACUAAAAAUCUUCAACACUGUGCGAGAGAUUACAGACAUCCUCAGUAUCCAGUCGUGGCCUGAAAACAUGUCUGACCUGUCAGUCUUCUCCAACCUCCAAACAAUUCAAGGCAGAACACUUUACAGAGGAGUGAGCUCUAGAAGGGGUUACGCCCUGAUGGUGAUGAAGAUCCCUUCUUUGACCUCACUGGGGUUACGCUCUUUGCGAAAGAUAAACGACGGCAGUGUCUACAUCACAGGAAACAAAAAGUUGUGCUAUCACGACACUGUCAACUGGACGCGCAUAUUUACCAGCAGCUCCCGUCCUCAGCGCCAGAAACGCCAGAAGCACAUUGACGUCAAAGAGAACCGACCGAGAAAUGAGUGUGUCGCUGAGGGUCAUGUGUGUGACCCCCUGUGCUCCACUGAUGGCUGCUGGGGUCCAGGGCCAAACCAGUGUCUGUCGUGCAAGAAAUACAGCAGAGGAGGAACUUGCGUGCCAAACUGCAUGUUCUUAACCGGGGAGAGGCGGGAGUUUGCCACUCAGUCAGGCGAGUGUAUGCCCUGCCACCCUGAGUGUAAGGUCCAGGAGGGGAAGGAGAUGUGCACAGGCCCGGGAGCAGAUCAGUGUAUAGCAUGCGCCAGUCUGCAGGACGGUCCGCACUGCGUCUCCAUGUGUCCUGAGGGCGUGAUGGGAGGGGAGGAGGUCAUCUUUAAAUACCCCAACAAGCAAGGCCGCUGUGAACCGUGCCACCUUAACUGUACCCAAGGGUGCUUCGGCCCAGGAAUUGGGGACUGUGUGGGGACUCCCCGAAACAUGUCUGGACAAGCAACCACGGGCAUCGUUCUGGGAGUGAUUGCCCUUCUAUUUGUUGGUUUCUCUGUGUUCAUGCUGACUAUUCUCUACCGCCGAGGUCUCGCCAUCCGGCGCAAGCGAGCAAUGAGAAGAUAUAUGGAGAGUGGAGAGAGUUUUGAGCCACUGGAUCCUGGAGAGAAGGGCCCCAAAGUCCAUGCUCGGCUCCUGAAACCCACAGAGCUGCGUAAGAUUAAGCUGCUGGGUAACGGAGUGUUUGGAUCAGUCCAUAAGGGCGUUUGGAUUCCUGAAGGUGAUACAGUGAAGCUUCCUGUUGCCAUAAAGACUAUUAAUGAUCGCACUGGCCGGCAGACCUUCCACGAACUAACAGAUCACAUGAUGACGAUGGGAAGCUUGGACCACAUUAAUGUUGUCAGGAUCCUGGGUAUCUGUCCCGGUGCCAGCCUGCAACUUGUCACCCAGCUCAGCAGCCAGGGCUCCCUGCUGGAGCACGUUAGGAACAACAAGAACAAGCUCAGUCCGCAGCGGCUGCUCAACUGGUGUGUUCAAAUCGCAAAGGGUAUGUAUUACCUGGAGGAGAACAGGAUGGUCCACAGGAACCUGGCCGCCAGAAAUGUGCUCCUGAAGAAUAAUUAUACCGUCCAUAUCUCAGACUAUGGCAUCGCAGACCUGCUUUACCCUGAUGACAAGAAGUACUUUUACAACGAGGUCAAGACACCAAUCAAGUGGAUGGCCUUGGAGAGUAUUUUGUUUCGGAGAUACACACACCAGAGCGAUGUCUGGAGUUACGGUGUGACAAUAUGGGAGAUGAUGUCUUGUGGGGCAGAGCCGUACGCAGCGAUGCGUCCACAGGAGGUUCCUGAUCUGCUGGAAAAGGGGGAGCGUCUGUCCCAGCCUCAAAUUUGCACCAUUGAUGUUUAUAUGGUUAUGGUCAAGUGUUGGAUGAUUGAUGAGAAUGUCCGUCCAACAUUCAAAGAGCUCGCCAAUGAAUUCACCAGAAUGGCUAGAGAUCCGCCUCGCUACCUGGUGAUAAAAGAGGACUGCAGCCAACAAGACGCUCCAGAUGAGGUUGCCCAGCGGAGUGCAGACCUUGAUGACCUGGAUGAUAUGGAUGAUCUAGACUUCGAACUCGGGGAGAAGGGGGAGGAAGCUGUGGUGGAUGGCAUGGUUCCAGCCCCCCACUACCUGUCUCAGUCCAGGAGCCUCAGUCGCCUCUCCAGGAUGGACACUCACAGAGUGGUUCUGACUGUGCCUAGCGGGGCUGGAUACCUGCCUAUGACACCAGGUUUUGACAACCCAGGACAGGCUAUGUGGCAGUCGCGCUCUCGACUUAACUCUGCCCGCACUGUGUCUGAGAGCUCGGAGGGAUGCGGCACAGCACUGGAACUGGAGAUGAGUGAGGACUUCUCUCUGGCAGGGAGCCUGAAACGAAGACGUCAUCGUGAGGACAGUGCCUACAUAUCGCAGAGAGACAGCAUGUCUGGCGGGCCACCAGAAACGCCGUCCCCAGAGAUAGAGGAGGAAGACCAAAAUGGUUAUGUGCUCCCUGGUGACAGUCCAGAGAAAGAAACCCUACUUUCCUCAUCUCGAGCCACUACCGGCAGGAUGGGCAAGUCUCAUUCAUCAGGCCUCUUGGGUGAUGAAGAAUAUGAGUACAUGAACAAGCAGACGUGUGUAUCACCUGUCUCAUCAAGGCACAACCACCAUCUCAAAGAUAACGCCCACUGGCUGAAGACGAACAAGAAACACACCUCCUCCGUGUCGUCACAAGCGACGGCAUGCUCAGGGGACAUCACACUGUCUUUGGAGGGCAGGGGAGGUCAGAUGAGGAAUAAUCAGAGCUCGGAUUCAGAGCAGCGGGAAUCUCAAGAAGUCGAAUAUGAAUACAUGGAUAUUAGGGUUAGUGAUAAAGAGGAAAGCCCUCCUGCACAUGACCCUCUUCCUCCUCCUCCUCCUCUUCCUCAAACACAAGCGAGGUUGGGAGGGGAGGUGGAAGAUGAGGAAGAAGAGGACGAGUAUGUGGAGGACAGUAACUAUCAUUACACGAACAGACAGCCAAAGCUGCGACAAGCUCUUCAAGAUCAGAAGGAGCUGAAGAUACAGGGGAAGGACGAGGGCGAGGUGUAUGAGUACGAGGACAUGGACUGCUUUGCUGCUGUGCUGCCUGGAGAUGCAGUCGUGUACCAGAACAUGCAAAGGCAAGGGGAGGGAGCAGCGGGAGGCACAGACGCACAUGCGUUUGAACGCUAUGUAAAAGUGCGAGCCGGAGUUGGGGUCGGGGAACCUGCAGCUGGAGACAGAUCCUUUGACAAUCCAGACUACUGGCACAGCAGGAUGUUCCUGAAACCCAAUGCGGUGCCCACAUGAAGAACACUUUUUAAAUCUCAUGAACUUCCCUCUGACUUGUAUUCAUGAAGGACCUGAAACAGAAAAUGCAAUCAAGAGACAUGUUAAAAAUGUAGCCUAUGACACACGUUAAGCUUUUGUCUGUUAUGGGCUGAUGUUAUGAUUUGGGGCAUUGCCAGAAUGAAUAGCACUGAAUGUUGAAAACACUAACAGAAACGAACAGAUUACAAGCUAUAUUAUUCUGUUUACAUUUUGAAAAGAACAAACCAUGUUUUUGAGAACAAAUUUGUUUGUUUUGAGUUUGUACAUUUAUGUUUGAGACC